AGGGAUGAAUUGUGACAUGUCAGCCCUCAUUUCUUAUAUUCAGAUGUCAGGAGAGCACUGGCCAGUCUAGCUUGAGACAAAAAUGGCCAAAGAGACAGACAGCACCUGCCCUAUUUGCCAGGACACUCGGAAUGAUGUGGCUUCUGCUCUGCCCUGUCGCCACCAGUUCUGCCUGGGCUGCAUCCUGCGGUGGACAAGGAGAAAUCCAUCGUGCCCACUCUGCAGAACAAUGAUAGAGACUGUCAGAUUUUCUGAGCAGAGUGAACAGGACUACAUACAGCUGGUCAUCACCUCCCCUGAAGAGUCACCAGAAGGGUAUAGACAGGCAGAGAGAGCUCCUGGCCACCUGGAGAUCAACAGUCCCCAUCUCCCUGUGGUGUCCCCUCCAUCUUCUCCACAGGAGACACUGUCCCCAGAUGAGCAAGGGGCUUCUAGGCUGGAACUUGUUGGUGACCUCCUGCCCGAGGUCUGGGCAGGACUUUUCCGUCGACAACAGCAGCUCCUGGAUCCUGUGCUGCCCUGGCUGCGCCAGAGGUUGGAGGGAAUAUACUGGGGCCGGUGGUGGUUGAUAGAGGCCACAGAGAGCUGCAUCCUGCGCUACCUCUGCAUCUAUGGUCCAGAUGCAGAGGUCUUGGUCCAGAGGCUGCUGAUCUUCCUGGAGGAACACACAGCACUGCUGGUCCAUGGCCUCAUCAAUGCUAUUGCAGAACAGUGCAAUGAGGAGGCCAUGAGGCUGCUGCAUUCACACGCUGUUGGGGAUGAGGAUAGCAGCCCAGCAGCCAGCACCAGCUCCAGCUCCAGCUCCAGUUCCAGCUGGUCCAUGUCCAGCAGCACCCACAAGGGCACUCCUGUCAGCUGCUCUGCAGGCUCCGAUGUGGAGGAAGAAACUGCUACAGUAGAGACUGCCCCCCACCAGGGUCCCAGCUGCCCCCAGCCUGAACCCAUCCCUGCAGAGGAGGACCAGCCCCAGGAGGAGCCAGAGCAGGCAGCAGUGGCAGGUCCCUCUGCCCAAGGCAGCAGCCACAGCCACUCCACUCCUGGUCAGGGCAGAGGUUGCUCACCUGGAGCAGCCCGGUGUGCCCAGAAGAGGAGGGCUCCCAGCCCUCUAGACUCUCCAAAGCCCAGCAAGAAGCCAUGACAUGGACAGACCUGACCCCUGCAGUCCUGAGGGACACAGAUGAAGUGAUGAAACUUCAUCUCUCUUCAUUGCCAAUUUCCCAUCCAAGAACCACAGCCUGAGGCUAAUGGAACCCAUGGUGGGUUUCAGGAAGUGGCCUCCCCUUUCCAUGUCUGGCUUCUUGAAGGGGCCAAGUGAGGUCUCUCUUAGGUCCCACAGAGCCAGGCGUCUGAAUAAAUCUAUAAAUAUCUGAGUCCCUCA